AGAGGGUGGAUGUUCGCUCCUUGUAGGGCUUUAGGUCUUUUGUGAUGCCUACUAGGUAUAUGGUGAUUAAGUGAGAACUUCCGAUACCUUUUGUUAAACGUUUUUCAUAAUAUUGGAGUAAAAAAAAAAACAAAGUGCUUCCCGGUCAGAAGUAGAAAUAUCAGCAAAAAAGUGGAAUUUCCAAGUCUCGUUGCGUUUCGCUGGCAGUCGUUCGUUCUUUUAGCCGUAGUUUGGAAGGGUCGUGUUCCGUUGUGAAGUGUUAACGGGUGUCGAGGCCCAGGUCACAGCACCUCCGAGGGCGUCCGCAAGAGUCCUCCACUCUGUCACCGCUGGCCGAGUCGGGAGAGACGUUGCUUUUUCCGAUUCGCGAUGGAUACACAGGCUUAGAAGACCAAGUAUGGGACUCUCCCUCCAAGCUCACCUCGAGGAUGAGGUCCACCUUGUGAUCGUGGACAGAGAGGUGGUGUUUACGACCCAUUACCUUGAGGGGGACCGAUGUGCGGCCCCUCUAGUCAUGGUCCUGGGGCCCUAGGGUACCCGGAGUGGCCCACCUACCUGCCCGCCGCCCACACUCCGCGACGUCGAAGUGGGCGCGAGAAGAGGCUGGUGUGUGUGUCGUGCUAUAGGAGUGAAUCUCUGGCGGGUGAGAUCCCGUAUCUCCAGAGGGCCACCUGCACUCGAGGUGGAGUGGUCGGCCUCAACCAUGAAUGUGGCUGGACCAGCACCACCUCCUCCACUCCAGCAGGGCCGCCCGCUGCCGCCGCCCCCGCCCAGACCACGACCACCCUACGGAGACGGGCAUCAACAGCGACCACCAAGGUGUUCUCUCUGCACCUGCUCCUGACCACGGCCCUGCUCUUCAUCGCGAACCUCCAGCCGACAAGUGCAGGGUUGGUGCUCAGUGAACACAUCCUUCACUACGAGCCCGUGUUCUACGACAAAGAACACUUGAGAACUCAGCACCACAGAGCGAAGAGGGACGCCGACCACGAGCUGCACCUUCAGUUCACGGCUCAUAACAGAUUGUUCAAACUCCGGCUGCGUCGCGAUACGUCCAUUUUCGCUGAGGAUGUUGUGUUCGAAUCCUCAAACGGCGUUGUCGACUUCGACGUCGGUAAAAUAUACUCGGGGAGACUGGAAGACGACGACCUAGCGGAAGUCCAAGGCGUGGUUACGAAGGAGGGCCUCUUCGACGGCCACGUGGCCACGCCCAACGAGCUCUACUACCUAGAGCCGGCCAGCAGGUACCUGGACCAACCGGAAUUCCAUUCGGUGAUGUACAAGGCGUCGGACGUGGCCCACCCGACGCUCUCACGGUGUGCCUCGCAGCAGCUGCACUCCCGGGGCCGCGUCCACACGCCCUGGGGGGCUCCGGCCCACCACGACCCCCUGGGAGCCCCCGCUGGUCCGGAGAGGCAGCCCGCACAAGGCACUCUCGGGACCCCAAGGCCUUCGCCUCAUUCUUCCAUUUCGUCCAGUGCGGCGCCGGCCCGGGGGGGAGGCGCCGCUCCGUCGCCCAAGCCGCACGGUUUGAAUCCCAAACAUAAGGCUGUGACAAGUAGUAAAAGUUUAUACGAUUCCACUAGUGAUCCCCACACCCACCGCGGCUACUCCAGUGCACCUGCUACCUCCUCCCCCUCUUCCUCUGCCCCUUCCCCUGCCUCAGCCUCCCCCCUGAGCCGCGCCCCCGCCCCCGCAGCGCCUCAAGGCCAAGCUAGCCGUCAUAGAGAUUCACCCACAAAGAAAUUUACUUUUGAUAACAAGCAAUCGUCUUUUGUAAGUCAGUUCAAACUCUCCCGGGAGGCCGCGAGCAGCCCGGGCCCCGACGGUGCUCACACAACCACCCCUCUUCCCCUCGAAGCUUCCCCCUCCCCCUCUUCCCCCUCCUCCUCCUCCUCCUCCUCCUCAGCGUCGAGCCAAAACACUUCGUCCACCUCGGAGUUCGACGACCACCACGACGACCGCCGCCAGCUGGACUUCGAGCUGGUAUACGAGCCCACGGGCGGGAGGGACGACCACGCGCUCCCGAGGUCGUGGAACGACACUCGACGGAGGGCGGAAGGCGCUUCGCAAGAGCUUCCAGACUUCGGUCACCCUUGGCCCAGGAGAAGUGCGAGGAAGAAACGCUCCGGCGUCGACCCGAAGAAGACCACGUGCAUGCUGUACCUGCAGGCGGACCACCUCUUCUACGAGAAAAUCGGGUCGGAGGAGGCGUGCAUCGAGGCCAUCACGCGCCACGUCCAGCGGGUCAACAACAUCUACAAGGUCACAGACUUCGACCUGGACAGCAAGGCAGACGAGAUCGGCUUCAUGAUCAAGAGAAUCAAGAUCCACACGCCGGAGGCCCUGAAGGACCCGACCUAUCGCUUCCCGGGCAACUACGGCGUCGAGAAGUUCCUGGAGCUCUUCUCCGAGGAGGACUACGACGCCUUCUGCCUCGCCUACAUGUUUACGUACAGGGAUUUCGAAGGAGGAACCCUGGGCUUAGCGUGGACGGGCGAUCUGAAGAACGCCGGAGGAGUGUGCGAGAAGAACGGCCACUACCGAGGGAGUCUCAAGAGCCUCAACACGGGCAUCGUGACGCUCCUGAACUACGGCAAGCACGUGCCUCCGGCGGUGAGCCACGUGACUCUGGCGCACGAGAUCGGCCACAACUUCGGCAGUCCGCACGACCCCGAGUCCAACAAGCGCUGCACCCCUGGCGGCGAAGACGGGAACUACAUCAUGUUCGCCAGAGCGACUUCAGGAGACAAAAGAAACAAUAACAAGUUCUCGCCGUGCUCGCUGCAGCAGAUCAACAGCGUCCUCAACUCGAAGGCGCGCGACGUCAAGGGCUGCUUCACAGCGCCCCAAGCGGCCAUCUGCGGCAACGGGGUGGUGGAGAAGGGCGAGGAGUGCGACUGCGGCUGGGAGGAGGACUGCGAGGAGGCGUGCUGCUUCCCCAUGAAGUCCAGUCCGGGGAAGGACGAGACACCCUGCACCCUCAGGCCCAACAAGAUCUGCUCGCCCUCGCAGGGUCCGUGCUGCACGCAGAACUGCCACCUGAAGAAGGGCGACAAGUGCCGAGACGACAACGGUUGCCGCGACUCGUCCUACUGCAACGGCCGUGUCCCGCAGUGCCCGCCCUCCACCAACAAGCCCAAUAAGACGAUCUGCAACGAAGAGUUCGUGUGCUACAAGGGGGAAUGCACGGGAUCCAUCUGCCUGGCUUACGGGCUGGAGUCCUGCCAGUGCAAGAGGAAUCACGGAGAUCCGGUCACUAAGUCUUGCGAGCUCUGUUGCAAGCUUCCCGGGGAGAACCAACAAUGCCUGUCUUCCUUCGAGUGGAAUGUGCCUCCGUACGACAUCCCCGACAUGCACGCCAAAGCGGGCACUCCUUGCAACGAGUACAAGGGCUACUGCGACGUCUUCAAUAAAUGCCGUGAGGUUGAUCCCUCAGGGCCUUUGGCAACGCUACGGAAGCUCUUGCUAAGCGACGAGUCCUUAGCGAACCUCCAGCGGUGGAUUGUCAAACACUGGUAUGCCGUCCUCAUCGUCGUGCUGGCCGUCCUGGUGCUAUUGGUGGCAACAGUCAAAGUAUUCGGAAAGACGCCGGAGAAGAUGAAGCUGAAGAAACUGACAAUCAUGCAUAAAAACUCUGGGGCAACGCAUUACACCAUGCCUGCGAACGGAGCCACGUCCAACGGUGCCACAGCCAACGGCACAACGGCUAAUGGCACCACAGCCAAUGGCACUGCCGAUUCAUCAGCCAACCACGUGCACGUACACCCAACGGUCGUGAGGGCCAACCUGCCCUUCAAGAGAAAAGUGAACGAAGUGCGGCGGGCGGCCACAAAAGCCAAGCGGGCCGCCAAGAGCCAGCUGAGCCGCCCCGGCAAGAAGCCCAGCAGGCGCGCGGACGGCGCCGUCACCUCGCCCACGGAGUCCGAGAAGAGCGGCCCCGGAGCCAAGGAGGGGGCCGGCGCCACCAGCGAGAGCAGGGUCAAAGACAGGCUCUCCAGCAGAUUUUCCAUCAUUAGCUUCAAGACGUUCAGACCAAGAUCGUUGAGUCCAGAUAAACACAAGAGCAAAAGUCCAGACAAGAGGAAGUCCAAGAGUAGUAAUGAUAAGAAGUCGAAGUCCAAGAGUUCGAAAAACCAUCACCGGAGUCGAAGCCCCGACAAGAAGCACAGGUCGAACGGCCACGGCGCGGAGUCGCCAGACAAGAACAGAAGGUCCCGGAGUCCCAACAAACGGGCCAGUCUGGAAGACGAACGAAGACGCUCCCGAAAUCAUUCAGUCAGCCCAGACAAAAUCCGAAGAUCUUCCAGCCCAGACAAGAACCAGAAAUAUAAAGCGAGAAGUCCAGAUAAACAUCGGAAGAUGAGUGAAGGAAAUUGGCUCAUCAAUAAAUUCCUGGCUGAUGAGGAGAAAACUGCUAAGCCAGUGGUUAAUGGCUCUUUAAUGGGAUCAUUAAAUGGUUCGUUAAGCUCAGUCAACGCAAUCUUAGGACCUACCAGCAGCCCGCAGAUGGGUCCUGUUAGAAAUGGAUCAAUGAGAGGACUCCUGACGAGCGACAGCAACAGGGCCAGUCCUCUCAGGGGAUUCGUAAAUGAGGCAUUCAUUAGUUCACCGCGAGGAGCCCGCACACACAGCUCACUCAGGGUAACGAAAUCAGUCAGUCCGGAAGGGCUGGACUUUGACUUAGGGCCGAGUAAGUAUCGUCGUUCUAUAAGUAUGGAAGCUUACAACCGACCACCAGUGAGUCCGGACAAGAGAAAGCGCUCUGUGUUGGACGAGGGUCUCAGUCCGGACAAGAGAAGAAGGUUCAGCAGCCCCGAGAAAUCCCAAAAGCCCAACAGCCCAUCUAAAGAGCGCAGGUUCACGUGCCCCGAAAAGAACCAGAACCGACGUACUUUGGACAUGGAGAGGCGACGUUCCUCCGUCUCGCCUCUAUCCUCCAAGACCAACUCCUAUUCCUCGGUCCCUGAGCGUCUCCGGGAAAAGCUUUCCCUCAUUACUGCCAGUCCCUCUGGCAGUGUCGCCUCCAUCCUGCCCGCCACGGAGCACGCGGACACCGUAAGCCUUCACUCCACUCAUUCCUCACACUCAAACCGGUGCCAACCUAAAGACUGGGUAUAGAACUCAGAGGAUACUAGCCUCAAGGGUAUAGUAUUGGUACGUUUGAUAAAGUAUAUACCCGAUACCAUUACUGCCACACUGCUACCACUUGAUAAUACUUGUGCGACGAGUGUAAAUGCAAGUGCUACUGCGAGUGAUUCGUUUGUCUGAUGUGUCGCCAGAACUAUUGCUAUAUUUUGUGCCAACAACUUUUUACAUUUACUCAUUUACAAAGUUGACAAGUUGUGACAGGAAAUUUGAUCAUUUAAUCAUAUGCAUUUCGAUAAAAAAAAAGUCAAUGCGUAAAUGAGAAGGGAGAAUAGUAGUUGAUACGAUUGUUGAUUUAUUUAAGAGCAUAUAAGGUGACGUGCUGUAAUACUCUAAUGGAUAAAUAUUUAAUGAGUAUUUAUUUAUAACACGAGGAUAUACAUCCCAUCAACGCAGAGUCUGUCUGCCGAAACUAAUCUUAACCUUAGUCAUUAACACCUUUGCUUUGUGAUAAUAUUUUUACGUAAAUUGAUUUUUGUAAGUUUGUCCUGCUCAAGAAUAGGGAGAGAGACCAAGUUCCCAGAGAGGGCUCGUUUAGGCCCAGAUUUAGAAAACACUUUGGCUCUACUGAAGGAUGGAACGACACCCACCAUACUGUCUGACACUGAAUUACGAUAUUUUUUUUCUUGUUUCUUUGAGCCUUAGGUUGUAUUUCUAUACAGCUCAUUUACAUGUUCUACAAAUAGGAGAGAGACGUCAUGAAAGGAAUUCUCAUCCAGUGCUCAUUGUGAACGAUCUCAUCACAUAUUCUCACCUCCAUACUUGUAAACCUAACAUGUGGUAGCUAAACUGUGCCACAGCUGUACAUUGUAAAUCCGUGCAACAUAUUUUAAUACUUUUUGAAAGCUAAUCUACUAGACCACUAGUGUGCUUCUGACUAAAGACUGUGUUGUAGGAACAGUGUGUUAACAUUGUAGCAUGUAAAAAUUGAUCAUGGGAUUAUCAUGAUCUUGAUGAUGGUACAAUGAUCCUCAGCUUUUCUCAUAUAUUGUAAAUUCAAGCGUCCAGCGGCUUGGUAUGUACC